AUGGAGGUGGCCGGCCUUGCUAUUGGAGUCGUCCCCUUAGCCAUUGAGCUUUUCAAGCAAUCGAUUUCCGCAUACAAGAUUUUCAUCGAAGCAAAGGAACUCGAAAAGACCGCAACGCACCUCGGAACAAGGCUUGCUAUCGAGGAACGUCGUUUGGCCCAAUGGGGUCAAGGCACGGGACUUUCGAGCGAAGCUAAAUCGGAGUCUGGCCUUGAGCCUGACGACAGUAAUCUGGAUCGACGACUUCUUGAGAAUGAGGCCCUUUGCCAGGUCGUUGUUCGGACUUUGACGUGUGUUAGAGAUGUCUUCGAUGACACGGACUGUUUAUCCGACAAAUAUGGUGUCAAGCUAUCAUCCUCCGAAAAGGCAGAUUCAGAAGCCAAUUCGUCCUCGAAGAGCACCAGGUCUUAUAUUUCCAAAAUCGGGCGAUUCAAAUGGGCCAUCAUGGAUAAAGAAAAGUUUAAUGAUCUGUUACAACAGUUGAAGUACUACAAUGACAGUCUAUACAGCCUCCUUCCUCGCGAAAUUGGCUUCACAAUCACCCGAGACGUUCUAGCAGUACUUGUCGCCUCUGCGAGUAAAGAUAGUCUGGAGGUUUAUCGAUCGUUGGGCACGAGUCGAGAAAGUUUGGUCUCUUCAGGCAGUAUGGAUCAAUACAAAAGGAUCUCAUCCGCAGCGUCUGUGGCACUACAGAUCAGCGGCCAGAGUCCCAAGGUAGAUGAGGUCUUGGUUAUCCCGCGAAAUGAGAUUCAGCCUGAUGGGCAGGGCUCUCGCUUGGGUACGUGGGAGCAGAGGCGCGUUUUCCUCGAGACACAUCAGACCAUUCGAUCAGACGCCCAGGGUAGCAAGCAUCGAAACACUCGACUCUUGGCUUCUCUCUUGAGUCAAGCGAGGAUGUCUCAGGAUUUUAGCACUCCUCGCUGCCUGGGAAUUUCCUUUAUGGACACAGAAACGCCAACGAUGAUCCACGAGCUGCCUGAUGAUGUUGACCCAGUAGCGGAGCCAGUAACACUGCACGAGAUGAUGAGUAACGGAAAUAGCCGGAUUCCUACACUGGACGAUCGAUUUCAACUAGCCCAGGCCAUUUGUAGGGCUAUCUUUCAGAUGCACUCUGCCGGAUGGAUGCAUAAAGAUAUAUCGUCAAAGAAUAUUCUCUUCUUUAAAGACAAGGACGCAGGUGGAGCAUAUCGAGUUGAUCGACCAUAUCUCAAGGGAUUUAGAUUUUCUCGCAAAACAAACUUUGUGGGAAACAAUGAGAAAGAGACUGGCAAGGCCGCCGGGAUGGGUUCAGAUUGGGAGACUGACGACUCUGCUGAUGGAAAGGCUGUUGCGCCGCCAAAGCGGGAUAGAUCACCCUGGGGGUCGGAUAGCCGCAGUAAGGGAGGUGAGAGCAGACGUUCUCAGCCUUUAAGACGAACUACAAAAUCAAAUCAAGGGUUUUUUACAGCGGUCCAGGGAGCUUUUACACCUUCACUGUGGAAUGGCUUAUCAGGUGGAUCUGGCAAGCGAAGUUAUUAUUCUGACAGGCGAAGUAAUGCAAAUGAUUCAAGACGGUCUGGACCUUUGAGGCGAAAAGCCAGGCCGAGUACCCAUUCGCAAGAGUCAUAUGUGGUUCUCAGAGGAGAACAUGAGAACACCGACUUAUUACGAGAAGCAAUCUACCAGCACCCAGCCUAUGUCUUUCACAAGCUUAUAUCCGAAGCGCCUCCGGAUGACAAUUACGAACUGGGGGAGUAUGCACGUCAUAACAAGCGAGACUCAUACUACAAGCAGAGACACGAGUACUACUCUUUAGGUCUAUUACUUCUCGAGAUUGGGCUGUGGCGACCGGUUGAGUCUAUGGGUCUCCUCUCACAACCGGUUGCUUCAAUGGGAAUGCGAGAGGUGGCCUGGCUCGCAUACAAUUUCGGCUUCUGGGAAGAUCGGGAUCUGAACGGCCGGUUGAUGACCGCUACAAAGUCUAUCCGAGCAGCGCGCGGAAGACUUUUUGACACCAUGGUACCUGACGUGCCGAUCACAUGGUCAGAAGAGCUCGAGUCUUAUGUCAGCCAGCUGCGCCGAGUUCUCGACGAGGAGCAGAUAGAAGGUAUGUCGCUUAGCGCGUGGAAUGCUGCAAGCGCUCAGGAGAAGGAAUCUUUCUGGUCGUUGUGGGAUGAGGUCUAUCCUCAUGUUCUUCUGAGAAAUGAUGCUAUUGAACUUACCAAGCGGAGUGUCGGGUUGGCGAUGGGUCGUAGGUACAGAGAUGUAAUCGUUCGAUGCUUGACUUCAGAUUUCAGUGUGCCAGAGUCCUCAAGCGAGUUAAAGUGGCUGAGAUCGUUCAAUUGGCUGAUAGUUAAAGAAUUAGAGAAGUGCCAGGCUUAG